AAAAUUCCGAAAACUUUCGAUAAACCACGGCCUCUCUGAUAUCCCAGUCGGAAUAGUUUCCUUUCAUCCGAGUAAUCUCUAAGAAUAUCGAGGAACAUCGGAGAUUACAACCAAACAGUAUGCCAGUUCGAAACAAACACUGAAUUCGAAGUUUGUCGACUUUCACCCACCCCACUGUGAUUUGCAACUUUCGAAUAUUCCCAGGUUGCUGUUCCUGUCUUAAGUGUGGGAGAAAAGAUUUGAUAUGCAGUCAGUUCCUUUUUCACCUGUAACUGACAUAAAAAUUGUCUCCCAGAAAGAACGCUGCCCUGCCGGUUACUUCAUGCUUGGAAAGACCGUCCUAGGACAUGAUGGACAGUUGUUUGAUAGUACAUGGAGGCAAAAAGGGAAACGUUAACUCUGUUUUGCAAGACAGGGAGGACAGAAUGUAAUAGAAGACUUAACAGUGAUUGGUGAGGAUGAUCCUGUACCAGCAGGAUUCACAGCAGUGACAAAACCUCAUGAUGAUGAUGACAAAGCUCUACGGAAACAUUUUCUUUGUCUCAAAAUCCAGGCAAGCAAGACAGCUGUUAGUGCAGUUUUUGAUAUUGUGUUAAUUAACAGAAACAAAGGGGAAACAGCUCCUCCUGGAUACAAAUUACUUACGAACGAGGUGAAUAACCUGUCAGUAUGUUUUAAAGUAGCUCCAAUGAUGAGAGGACAACCUGGACCUCCUUCAGAUCAUCAGAACACAUACAGUGUACCUCCUCAAAAUCAAUGGUAUGGUCACGCUCCAGUCCCAGGUCCCCAACAACAUCAGCCAAGUUAUCAAGCACUUCCUGCAGUGUCAGGUAAACCUGGAGCAAGUUCUGCAAUUGAAGGCCUUCCGUUUGAAGUUAAUUCCAAGUUUGAGAUCCUGUGGAAAAAGUCAGGGUCUGUGAUUCCAGCUAUGCAAAGCUUAUCUGCCAACGACAUAAACACAAAGUAUAACUAUGACUUCAGCAAAGAGCAAGCUGUGACAUCAAGAUGAGAGAAACAAGCUGUCUGAGUCAGUUAGAUGAAUGGUUCGUCUGCUGUGUCACACGGCUGAUUGUGAUUUUUCAAAGCUUGGCUACAACGCGGCAACGAUCACAUCUCCUUUGCAGCUGACCAUGGCAGCACAGGAAGUCCACCUUGAUACACAAAUAUUUCGAAUCCUGUAACCUUAAGUUCACAAACUAGAGUUUUGAAAAUGAUUUAAUCAGUUAACUCCAUUCUGCUGCUAUACUCUUCUCCAUUUUGCCACAUUAUUCUGCUCGAGGAAGUUUUUCGUGAGAAAUUCCCUUCUCUGUUACGUAUUGAGCCCAUGGAGACGCUCUGGAUAACCUUUCGACACAAAUUUGCUAGCGGAGAUGAUUUGACAAAACCAUUUGUUAGGAAAACUGUAGAGCUUUUACAGUUUUUUCGGAUUAUUGCUGUGUAAGUGAAGUCAAGUUCUACUUUUAGACUGGUACAAUUUCUUUAAGAAGUGAAUUUCAGAUUAUUAUUUGCCUAUACAGGUGUUUGAAGGACGCUUUUAGUGUCCACUGAACUAUGGAUCAACUGAAUGAAACUGGAAUAAACUGAAACUUAGAAAAAAUAAACCAAUUUUUUUAUGAGA